UCUUGUGGAGAUGUCAACACUUCACAGCCACUCGCCACAGCCCCUUGACUCACCUGAUAACAUUUGUUUAAGUCAUAAAUAAGGGGACUCCUGAUGACAGAACGGCGAUAAGUGUUCUGCUCAGGCCAGUAAAGAUAAGCAUCCGGUCUGUUUGAGAAGGUUUUUCAUUCCAGCAAAUACUGUGAGGCUGAUUUAUUUGCCGCGCAUGUGGAGGAAAAGCCUGUCACCGCCGGCUGUUGGUCUUUGUUGUCAUUCGGGGACUGAGACUGAGACUGGGGCUCACCAUGCUCCAGUGUGGACUGUACAUACCCGGGGUGCACAGCGCGUGCGUAGCGAGGCAGAGAGACACGAGAUAAUUAAAGUCUUGUAGACGUGAACGAACGUGUGGGAAGAAAGUACAGAAAGACCUCAAUGUCAGGAAACGAAAUACAAGGCCACAAACUCUGGCAGCAUCCCGUCCGAAGAAACACACAUCGACUUCUUGGUGACGACGACUGCUGCCGCGAGUGGAUUUCCGAGUCGCGCAGCAACUUUACCGGAAGUGGGUGUGUCACCAGCGCGCAGCGCGCACGUCCUGGCCUCCUGAUGACGCAGCUCGACGGCAACCGUCGACAUAAUCCUCAUCCCCGCCUCGCCACCCUCUUCCACGCCCGCCAUGGCCAGCAUGACGUCUGCACAGUCUCAACAUUAUUACCGGAUGUGACGACGCCGGAAGUGAUCCCAACCAGCAUCUACAGCCGGGAUUACACGGCGCUACAUGUCGCACCGUCACGACCGGCCAUUACGAAAGUGCAGCACGUCGCCGCCAGAGGCAUUGUGCCUGGAGGCUUAACAUCAACGUCUUCACACCCUCAGCAAGACAUGCUACUACCAGUCUCCAUCUCGGAGAUGACCCCCAGCACGCGUGACCCCAAUAAGUUCAUCCCCAGGCGGCGCAAGACGCUGCACACCGCCAAUCAACAUUUCACAGACAGGCCGUUUGCCAGUGACGUAGACACCCCCUCCUCAACCUUUAACUCCGGUCGCCAUUUUGUAACCACCCAAGGGAAGCCACUCUCUCAGCGUCGACACCUGUCUGCCCCUCCGGGAGCACUCUCUCUUCGCGGUCUGGAGGCGGCUGCUCUGCCGGCCACAGGAUGGCGCAGCCUCAGUGCCCACCUGCUGCCCUUCCUGAAGGUUCCAAAGAUUAUAUAAAUGUUUUGUCCACAGACAGUUUGUUUGAACAGACAGCUUGUGUGGGAUGGCGAAACCUGUAUUUAUAGGAAGUGAAACAAAGUCGAUGUUGUGGAUGUGACGAGGACAGGAAUUCAGUGAGGACUGAACACAAUUAAGUUGAUGACUGUUCGUCUGCUAAUGAUAUUGUGAGAAUAAAGUAUUGUCAGAAGAUCGUCAUACGGGCAAUUAACUUACGAGGAAGAUCAAUCAAACAACCGAAGAAAGUAGAAUUAUUAAAAACGCUGUUACUUUUUUUUCAAACUGUAGUGUGUGUUCUACAUCACACCUACUGGCCCACACACCCGGUCUGUAGAGACUGGGUGAGGCUGAUGGCGGUAACCAUGGUACAUUACGCACGUAAACAUGAAAAGCUGAUGAAACAUCA